GAGAAAAGAUAAGGGCGGAAAAGGAGGAUUCGGCCUUUCUUUCAUUGCUGUGUUUAUUGUGAUUGAACUGGACGCAUCUUUGAGCCAAUAGCAAACACUUAACUGGAGGAUUGAGGUGACGAAAAAAUAUGAGAAACCUAAAAAAAAUAAAUGAAUUUGAUACACUAGCGGUAAAUGAGUUCAGAUAUAUGUUGUAUUGAUUGGUGCUUCUGGCUAAGUGUUUGCUAGUUUCCACAAGGCUGCUGCGUUUUCACUCCAAACCAGAGAUCUGGAGGCCAGCUUGGGAGACUGGGAUUUGUGGUCAAGCAGGAAAGAGACAUCCUACUCUCGCUCCUUUGAGUAAAGAGGGGGAGGUCUGAUUUAUGUCAUUAACCAAUGACACAAGAGGAGAGAGACUGAUUUUCAGAGAAGAAGACACACCAAGGAGAAACGCUCCAAAGGCUACUGUUCCAGUCUUGGCAAUAGAACCGGGGGAGCGUCUUCAGGAUCUUCAAAGGUUUCGAUUCGAGGCCUGGAACAGGAGCGGACUUUUCUCUCUCGGUCGAAGGAGUUUCCACGGUCAUCAUGGCAUCCCUAGGGUGGAGCUGUAUGACCAGCUUCUUGACUUACGAGACCAACAAGUCUGUGGUGGUGAAGAGCUGGUCUUUGGGGAUCAUUAACCGGCUGGUGCAGCUGAUGAUCAUCUCGUAUUUUGUCGGCUAUGUCUUCCUCUAUGAGAGAGCUUACCAGGAGGCCGACACAGCCAUUGAGUCAUCAGUCAUAACUAAAGUCAAAGGCUUUGGCAAACUGGAAAACAAUGUGAUGGAUGUGGCUGAUUACAUCUACCCUCCUCAGGGCGAAGGCGUGUUUAGCAUCAUCACUACAGUCAUAACCACGCACAACCAGUUCCAAGGAAUCUGUCCAGAGAUUGAUGAAAAGUUUAAUUGUAGCACAAAUGCAGAGUGCACUAAACAUCUCAACUCCGUUCUGACUAACGGUAUAAUUACAGGCGUGUGCAACACAUCCGUUGGUACCUGUGAGAGUGAAGGAUGGUGUCCAGCAGAGAAUGACAGUGUGAAGAUAAAACCAAUGGCUGAAUUUGUGAACUUCACCAUUUACAUCAAAAACAGCAUUCGCUUCCCCCUCUACAAUGUCACCAGAGGAAAUUUCCCUCCCACAAUCGAGCCCAAGAAAUGCAUACAUGACAGGAUCUCAAACUCUCUCUGUCCCGUCUUUCGAGUGGGGGAUAUUCUGAAUCAAACUACGCACAAUGUGACUGAGCUGGCAGAAAAGGGUGGGGAAAUAGGAAUAAAUAUUGAGUGGAUGUGUAACCUGGACCAAGAUGUUGAACUCUGUCUUCCUAAAUAUUCUUUCACCAAACUGGAUGCUCCGUUUGAAAAAAGCAAAAUCUCCAAAGGGUACAACUUCAGAUUUGCCAAAUACUACAAGACAGCAGAUGGAACUGAAUUUCGGACUCUUCACAAAGCAUAUGCAGUUCGUUUUGAGGUUAAAGUGACUGGCACAGCAAGAAAGUUCAGCUUAAUUCCGACAGUGAUCAAUGUGAUGGCGGCGUUGACCUCGAUUGGGAUGGGUACAAUUCUCUGUGAUAUCAUCUUACUGAACUGUUUAAAAGGAGCUCAGCAGUACAAAGAAAAGAAGUUUGAGGAGGUGUCAGAAGCUCAGAUUCGUGCGUCUCUCACUCCAAGCCCAGGAAGUCAGCUGUCGGUCAGACGAGGAAACAAUUGCUACUCUGACUCUGGAGCCAUUUCCAUCUCUACCGAUUACUGAUAAUAGCAAUCUGAAGAAACUGCAAAAACCUCGUGGUUUUUUCUGUAUCUUUACUCUGAUCUGUCAGGAUUAAGUAGGUUUUAUAUGUUUACCAAGGUGGGUACAUUUGGUCAACAUUGCUUUUAACUUUACAGUCUAGGAAGGUAAGGUAAUGUGACCUGUAUGUGGUUUACAGUAGUUAGCGGCAAACGGAAGUUGACUUUAGCCAAAGCCAGAUAAAGAUUCCCCCUUGGAAAAGUUCUAUGGACUUUUCCACAAUUAGUGACUUUAUUACAAAAAACGUUAAUGUUAUUGAUUGUGCUUUUGUGUCAUAGACCAACAUAAAGUAUCGUAAUAAAGAAGAUGAUGAAUCAAUCAUAAUUCCUUAUCAACAUUAAAAAAAGUUUACGUGCCAAUGUUCUCAUCCCCCCUUGAGUCAGCACUAGGACAUGCUUUUAGGGCAUGGCUCGACCAGCUUUGCACAUCAAGGGAUUGAUUGUACUCAUUCUUCAUCCAUUCUGUAUCCAUCUCUCUCUCUCUAAUGCGCGUCGCUCACAAUUAACAUUAAAGAUGGCGCUGUACGGUGUUGUGUUCCAUUGCUAAGGCGGAUAUUGGCUUUGUUAUGGCUGUUAGGAGCGUCCUCGGAGUCUUCCUUUAUAAUGAGCCCGCUUUGACCCAUGUGCAGAUCACAUUGAACGUGGAUAAAUAUUUAUGUAGAAUUUAUGUUGCAUUUCAUGUGCACCAAAAAUCAAAAAAGAGGAGCUGGGAAUGUUGUAAUCCUGAAAAAGGCGUUCCAAUUAACACAGUUGGAGAAAUUAAAACU